AAAACAAAGUCAUUUUAUUGGAUGGUACAUGUACAAUGACUCAGCCGAUCACCACAAGAAAGCCAGCCACCAGAAGCAGUACGGGGUCGCUACCACUCCCUGGAAAUAAAUACUACAUGAAAACAACAUCACGACGUUCCAAAACUGGCCCCCGUAGACGAACCUCGAGAAAAUUGCAAAGGUUGCAGCACCCUAAUGCUAUUGAUCCCUUAACAUUGCCAAGUUGUAAACCAUGUUGUCGGAGAGAAUCGCAACAAUGCGCAAGCGACAUUAACAGAAGAAUGGUGCUUCGAAAACGGCAACCCCGCAAAGAUAAAUUAAAGAAACUUUCACAAAGGAAGUCAAAGAGUAAAGCCAGGAAUAUAGAUGAGACAACACAAUCCCAAAUCAGAGACACUUAUACGAUGAUUUCCAAAAGAAAUUCAUGUAACGAAGGAUUUUGGAGCAGGUGUGAGCUGAAAACGGGUCAGAACAGAAAGUUGUUCGAGAUUAGUAAUCUCUUGAACGAUAUGAGUGAAGCAGUUAUGCUGCAACAAAUAAUACAGGGACUGUAUAAAAGAAUAUGGGACGGCAAGAGCAACUACUUUGAGAAAGGUAUAGUCGACCCGGUGCAGCUGGGACAUGAACUGAAAAUGAGGCUGGCACCUGUAAGCAAUAUACUUGUAGAGAGCGUUGACGCUGAUCGCGUGUGUACAUUUGAAGAAUACUCGCCAAACGUAAGAGAAGUUCCACAAUUGGACAUUGACGUUGAAGAACAAGAUUUUGAUAUUAUUUGUUUCAUGAAGUUGUAUACGUAAACACAAAACUUUUCUUGUAUAUUUUAUUCACCAUUUAUUAUAUCACAGUGGAUAUCAUAAACAUCAUUUACUGAUUAAUACCCAUCAUCAAUCGGUAAGAUAUUAAUAAAGUCAAAAUAUUUUCCAUAUUCUUGACUCACAAUUCUUUUCUAUAGUUUUGUUAAACUUCAUGAAACUUUUAAAUGUUUAUAAAAAUGUAAGAUGCGUUUGACGAUGAUGAAUCACUAAGAGUACC